AUGAUUGGCUCAUGCGCCCAGUUGUCCCUUCGGGCAAGCCGACAGGGAUCCCAAGUGUUGUUGAAAAGCACGCGUCUUUCUAUUCGGUCAAAUAUCUUGAAAACUGAAACUCUUCGACAAAAGGGCCUUCGCUCUCUAUCCACCUCAUCCCAGUGGAAGCUCAACCAAUUACCAACAGGAUUGAAGCCCAGUGGUCUGCAAACGAAGCUGAUCUCACCGUCAUUCUUCACCCAGCAAAGAUGGUCCAGCUCAAAAUUACCACAACACGAAACACCCGUACAAUCCGAGGAACCAAAGAAGAAACCAAUUCUCUCCAGGAUCCCCCUCCCAACAUCUCAUGAGAACAUCUACACUGUCCCCAACAUCCUCACCUUCUCCCGACUAGCAGCAGCCCCGGUAGUCGGGUACCUACUAGUGCACAACUACCACACCGCAGCACUGUCCCUCUUCGCCUACGCUGGAAUAACCGACCUAGUCGACGGCUGGAUCGCGCGCCGCUACAACCUGCAAACCGUCGUAGGCACCAUCAUUGACCCAAUGGCCGACAAGCUCCUCAUGACCAUCGGCGUCGCAUGUCUCGCCGUCAACGGCUCUCUACCUAUCUGGCUCGCGGUCAUAAUCCUCGGUCGCGACGUCGGCCUGGCCAUCUCGGCUAUCUACUACCGCUGGAUUUCUCUGCCAGAGCCAAAGACUAUGGCCCGAUACUGGGAUUUCUCGCUUCCUUCGGCGGAGGUCAAGCCAACGGAGAUCUCGAAGAUCAACACUGCGCUGCAACUGGUGUUGGUUGGUAGUGCGAUCGCGCUGCCUGUUGUGCCUGAGGCGUUUGUCAGUGCUUGGCAUUUGAGCGAGGCGAUGACUGGUUUCCAAUACCUCGUCGCCGGUACAACCCUCUGGUCCGGGCUAAGCUACGUUUUCUCCAACAACGCCGUUAAGAUUCUCUCCAAAGAAGAGAUCCAGAAGCGCAUCGCUCAAGCAGCCGUUAAGCGAAAGUAG